UAUUUAAAAAUGCUCCCACAAUUCCAUUUCCAGACGGAGGUCAUCCAAGAUGGCGGACGAAAAUGCAUUUUACGGGACCUGGAUAAUUGAGCAAUGUGUGUCGCUUUCUGGACGGGUGGAACCGACUGGUAUCGAGGGGACGGAGUUUAAGCUGGAUGAAAAUGGCGAUGUCAUCUGGAAAGUUUCGGAUGAUGCGGAGCCCAUGCCUUUCUUCUCCUGCGAGGCAUAUGAGGUUAUACUGGGUGACCCUGCAGUACUGAGGUAUGGGGGAACAUCAACUGGUGAUGUUAUAGCAUUCAAGGCUGACUUUCCUGGAGAGUUACCAGGUGACCACAUGGUUCUGACAUAUGAGAAGUCCUUCAUUUUACAAUGUAGAAAGAUGUCCCCAUCAGACCAAGGUCCAGAUUCUCCUUACUCCCUUCUAAGUGCCCUGGAGGAGGGGUAUUUCUCAGAUGUGUCAGUCAAGGCAGAUGAUGGGACUGAUUUCAAAAUCCACAAAAUCAUAGCUGGGAGUGUGUGCCCCUCUGUGGACUGGACCAAGUCCCCCUGCCCGCUGACGGGACAGUCCAAAGAUGUGAUCUACACGGUGCUACACUACGUGUACUGUGAGUCCCUACCCAGCGACCUGACCGAGGAUGUGGCCAAGCUGUGUGUCCGAGUGGCUGGCAAGAUCGCUGGGCUGGAGAAGUUUGUGGAGAUGUGUCAGACGUUUGUAGAUAACUCAGCACUCAAACAACAAAUCAUUGGGCUGAUAACAGACGUGCACACCUGCGCUGACCGUAUUAUUGAGAUCUUUACUGGACGACAACAGGGAGUGGGGGGGCUGGGUGACACUAACGGCCUCCCCGCUCAGUCUCACCUGGCAGACCCUGCUAAACUCUGCUACGCUGUGAAGCAGGCAUUACGAGAGGCUGCAGUUGCUGGCACCAAGGUACUGCUGAUGUGUGACAUCUUCAACAAGAGGAAGUGGGAACUGUCCAGACAAGAGAGACAUGAUAUCAUCAAGUAUGCACACUCUAGAUUACCCAUCUUCCUGGAGCAGCUGCAGAAGCUGUUACGUGUGGUGAGGAAUCAGCUGGGAUGUCUGACCACCAGGAACCUACAGGACAUCGCUGUGUACCUGGUGCCAGAGAUUGACCAAAGUUUCCAGCAGCUGUCCUCUGUCAUCUGUGAUGCCAAGGGUGCGGUUGAACAGGCACUGACGGCAGCUAACAAGGACGACCACCACAAACACAAGAAAAAUGCAGGGGACUUCAUAGGAAGGACUCUGAAGAAUGCUCUCCACAUGAAAGAACUGAUGAAGCUGAGACGUGUCCAUGACAGGAUCACCUCUGGACUCAUGGUGCUCAUCAACAAAAGGGAACACUUUGACCAGAUGACUCAAGAGGAGAAAACUAGGUCUGUUGUACGAAGUCUGGAGCAGUGUAUAGAAGAGGUACCAGUAAUAGUGCGCAGUACAGAAGAGCUUGCCCGAACCCUGGAUGAGAGGAUAACAUGGCGAGAAUGGAAGUACAUCUUCAAGCUGGGAACUUCAGAACUGUCCUGGGCUCUCAGUAAGAUGGCCACCCAGCGCUCCUCCAUAGAACCCUUCCUCCAGUCAGCAUGUGAGCUGGUCCACAGAGACCCAUUUACUCAGACCCUAAUCCAGCUGAGUCUCCUGGGGCAGCCGUGUAAGGAGGAGGAAAGUAGUUCCGACAGUCCCGGCAAGAAGUCCUCAGCCAGCCCUGUGGCAGUCAGGAGUAAAACUACAACCCAAGUAAAUUAUAAGCUGAGUUGUGUGGAGUCCCUGACGGUGCCCCCCUCCCCCAAGGACAGUCACCUGGCCAGGCGCAUGGGAGACGUGCUGCACACCAGGAGACUGGCAGACAUGACCUUCCAUGUCAUCUACCCACAGGAUGUGUCAGACCUGGUGAUUGACCACUCAGCGGGCGGGCUGAUGUCCCGUACAGACGACACGCCCGAGGUGGAGGAGAUCCACGCACACCGCGUCAUCGUGGCCGCUCGCUGUGAUUGGUUCCGCAGGGCUCUGCUUAGUGGCAUGAAGGAAGCCAUUGACAGACGGAUCACGGUGCAUGACACCAGCCCUGCCCUGUUCCGCCUGUUCCUGGAGUACCUGUAUGUAGGGAACCUGGCCACAGACACACUCACACUGGACCAGCUCGCAGACAUGACCGCACUCAGCGACAGAUAUGAGGUUGACAGUUUGAAGAGGCUGUGUGAAGGUGCUCUACAGGCCCAUCUAGAGGAGGAUACUGCACUGUUUCUCCUGGGCCUGGCUGACCAGUUUGGGGCCACUUCCCUCAAGAGUACAGUGAUGGACUUCAUCCUGGACCAUCCCAAUGCAGUGGAGGACAUCGAAGUGUUCAGUGAGCUGCCAGAACAGCUGCAGGAGGAGGUGGAGGACAUGUUGGCAUGGAGUGGGCAUGUAGGCCCUUUUGGAACAGCCCAUCCGACAGCUGCACCCCCCUCCCACCUGAGUGGAACAGCCCUGGAAGACAUGGCCUGUGCCCUCAGUAUAUCUGAUGAAGAAGCAGGAGGAACUGAUGAGACGACCUCGUCUGACCUCAGCAUGACAGAAGACAGAGUCAGGCUGGACGCGUGCCUCUCGGCGCUCCGAGACAUCGUUGGCGAUGACGUUCCACAAGAGGAGCUCGUCCGUGUUUCACUUGCUGCUGAUUACGAUGUCAACAGGGCGCUGAAUUUCUUCUUCUCGUCGUAGCAGAACUGAGUGGUUGUUGUAUAGCGCAAUGUUGUUUGUUAUAAACUACAUUAUUGUUGUUAAGGAUCUCUUGAUCAUGUACAUUUGUAACCAAAAGUAAGCAUCUGUAUUGGAAGAGUUGCGAAGACUGACCGUGUCAAAAUGUAAUGUUUGAAGUCGAAGACAAUUUUGUAUGUUGCAGGAUGAUGUUACCCAGAGAUUUUGUCGUAAUAGAAUUCACACUACCAAAUUCUAAGAAGAUGGCAACUGAUAUUCUGUAUCUGGCUUUUUCUCAUCUCCCUUGCGCAAAGAUGACCACUUGUCAAUUUUGGAGAAUCUUCCUUCAAUGCCAUAGACCAAAUCUAGGUGUUGGACAUCAAUUUUUUCAAACAAAUCACUUCUCUUUCAAUUUGAACUUGCCUAGAUGUUAGUUCAUCAAGAAGGUUUUACAUUAGGUACCUUACAGAUAAACAAGCCAGUUAUACCACAACAAUGUCUGUUCCAAAGAAUUCUACCAGAUGCUCCUGAACUUUAGAAUACCCAGGAAACAAUAAACGUAGUUGUUUGAUUUUCUGUGAGAUGUUGCUCUCAGAACUGCAAUCGUUUCACUACAACACUUCCAACCACUGAUGACUACAAAUGUGUGCUUCUGUAUCCAGUGUAGCUCUGAUGCAGAAGAGAUAUUGUAUAGUACAUUAUUAUGUAAACUGUGAAUGGUUUUCAAUGUGAACAACAACACAAUGCAAACUUGCCUGUACAACAGCUACAAUACUGUAGGGACCUCCUUAAUUUUAUAUAAGGAGCUAAAGGCAAAGGGGAAACAAGUUGAUUACAAGUAGAUGAUACAAGUGAAUUAUUAAGAAUCUAUUUAAUUUAGGAGAAAGUGCCAUUCAAUCUAAAAUGAUGUGGUUAAAGAUAUGUCUUUUUUUAUUUCUUUUGAUGUUUUUUUCAUCAAUCAUGUAGAGUAUGUUAUUCUCAGUGCUGCAUGUCUAUGCUGGGAUAUGGCUUGUUUAUAGAUUAUGUGGGUCUGUCUGUUAUUUUGCUGGUGUAUGGUGCUUGUAUAUGUAGUGAUAGCAGAGCUAUCAUAUAUUCAUAUAUCAUGAAAAUGGUAGUCUAUUUAUUUCUCCAAUUUACUGAGAUGUAUUUGCAUGUGGGGCAAACAGUUUUGCACUUUCCAACAUGGGCACUGUAGAUCUUGUUAACUUGCCUAUCAGAGAAACUUGCCUAUCAGAGUUGUGAACAUGUCACAGUCAAUCUCAGGGGUAGAUGUGUUGGCAUGUGAUGGGGGGUAUGACAGCUACUGGGGGCUAAAAUCAUGGUAGUUUUAAUUUUACUGAUUCUCACUGCAAGACAGUGAGAAGGCUGGGAUUAUGAGACAUUUAGAAUGCCUACACUGUCAUAAAUGUCAGACUCUUGCUGUUCUGUACCUCCUUCUGGAUUUGUACUGAUAGAUGCACUAGCUAUUCCUCUGUAAUGUGACAGGAAUCCCAGGAUGGAAGCAGCUUCAGAGUUCUCUGGUGUUUUAACCAGAGUUCCGUAGAAUUCAUUAGAUCUACAUCAGAUCUAUGUUAG